AUGCCAUCUCAAACGUUAGGCUCAAUAGUAAACGUAGAACAAAAUCGAAAACCAUCUGACAGUAGAGACUCAACAAGUACCACAGAGUCACUGAACAACGCCCAACAUGGCAUAAUAGCAAUCAGUCCAGUAGACUCAUCUCAGACAUCUCUAACAAUGUCUGAUGUCCAAUCUGAUGUAGCUCAAGACUCAACAAGAUAUACUAGCGAAACCGCUUCCACAUCUGAGACAUCAUCUUCAGCCAACCAAGCUGAUGAAUUUCCCAAUUACUCACAAAUUAUGUCUGAUUUUAAUAAUUAUUCUGGACGUUUUGGAUUGAUCCACUACAGAGAAGUAAACAGUGAAGUAGACGAUGAUUCUGAUUCAUCUUCCGAAGAUUCCACUUCUGACUAUGAAAGUAGUGACCCAAACAUUCAGCUCUGUCCACUCAACGACACGGACGGAUGUGAGGAUGACUGCCCAUACCUUCAUGGUGAGCUUUGUUACGUGUGUCGUACUCACAACCUAAAUCCAUUUGAACCAGAGAAGCACCUUGACGCCUGUGUGGCACAACACGAGACACAGAGUCAAGACAUGGAAUGCUCCAUUUGUAUGGAGAAAGUUUGGGAAUCUGAGAUUGAUUACAACUUCGCCAUUCAGGAAAACUGUUUUCACUGUUUUUGUUCGACCUGUUUGGAUAGUUGGCGACAGAACGUCGCAAUGGCUAACAAUGAAGCCUGCCCAGUCUGCCGAACUCCCUCUGGACAUGCUAUAGCCUCCAAAUAUUGGCUGACGUGUCCACUAUCCAAAAAGAAGGUGAUUGAGUGGAUGAAAGAGAAUGAGCAGGAAAUUGACUAUUGA